AUGUGGACACGUUGGAUCAUUUUCCUAGUCUUUGGCCUGACCCAGGGUCAGCUGAGGCUGGAUCCCCUCGUGAACACUAAGCAGGGUCUGAUACGAGGUCAGAGCGCCAGCGAUGGGGACUAUUCCAUGUUCUUGGGGAUACCGUACGCUAUUGUCGACGAGGACAACCCUUUCGGGGCUGCUGUUCCUCACCCAGCAUUCGAAGGCGUUUUUUCAGCCUACGAUGAAUCAGCGAUGUGUCCACAAGUCGAAGAAUACAAUAAUACUAUUGUUGGUACAUUGGACUGCCUCCACUUAAACAUAUACGUUCCACACGUAGCCAGCAGCAGCAACAGGCUACCAGUACUCGUCUGGAUACACGGCGGUGCAUUUGCACAUGGCUUUUCUAAUAGAUACGUCUAUGGACCUAAGUUUUUGGUCCAACAUAACGUUAUACUGGUCACUCUCAAUUACCGACUAGGUCCAUAUGGAUUCAUGUGCCUAAACACACCAGAAGUCCCAGGAAACCAAGGUCUAAAGGAUCAAGUUUUGGCGUUGCGUUGGAUAAAAGAGAACAUUGCGGAGUUCGGUGGUGAUGCCAAUAAAAUUACUAUUAUGGGUGAAAGCGCUGGAGCAGUAUCAGUCGAAUACCACGUAUACUUCAGUGACCCGCAGUUGUACAACCAAAUAAUUUUACAAAGCGGAUCGAUUUUAGGCUCGUGGAGUGUGAGAGCACCAGAUGAAACGGCACCGUUACAGAUAGCUCAUCAUCUCGGUUUUCAAACAGACGAUUCUUCUGAAGCACUUAAUUUCUUAAAAGGUGUCGAUACAAGAUUAGUAAUUGGCGCUGUUUCAGAAUUAGAAUUAGAAUUUGGUGCCUGUAUUGAACAGGAUUUCGAAGGCGUUGAAGCUUUUGUGACCGGUCACCCUCUCAAUAUGGAUGUUCCUAAUAUCAACAACGUUCCAGUUUUAGCCGGGUUUAAUACUCAAGAAUGUCUAUUUAUGUAUGGAAAUGAACCUGCCAGUUUCUUUAUUACCUGGAACGGAUUUAACACUUUACUGAAUGAAAUCUUCCACUACGAUGAAGAAUUUCGGGAAAUGGAGGACAUCUUUCGUCAUUUCUAUAUCGGUGAUGAGGAAGAUAACGAAAACUUAAAAUGGGAAAUCAUUGAUUUUGGCUCAGACUUUUAUUUUAACUACCCGAUGGAGCAAAGUAUGAAGAAAUACAUUGAACAUGGUGCUAAGGCUGUUUUCCGAUAUGUAUUUUCAUACAGUGGCGGUAGAAAUCUCAUGAAGAAUAGUUUAAAUGUAACAUCAGAUGGCGCGGCUCAUGCUGAUGAAAUUGGUUACCUUUUUGAUUACUUUAAGAAAGACACGCCCUCGGAAGACGACCAGAGAAUUAUCGAUCAGAUUACAACGCUCUGGACUAACUUUGUUAAAUAUGGAGACCCAACUCCAGACACAACAGAAUUACUCUACGUGAAGUGGAAUCCGAUGACCCUGGAUACCUACAACUAUCUGGACAUUGACAAGGAACUGGCCUUGAAGAAGCGACCAUUCAACGCCAGGAUGGCGUUUUGGAAUUUAUUCUAUAAAGCCAAUGAAGACAAGGUGAAGAUUUUCGGUGUGGAGUGAAGACACUUGCAUUUAUGUAUUGAUUUAGAAUUUUGCUUCAUUAAAUGCUUAUUCGUUG